CGGGCGACCCGGGUUCGAUCCCCGGCAACGGCGUCAAUCUUUUUCCUCUUUUUAUUUGUUAGUAUUUUGUUUCCAUUUUCACUGUUUAGCGUACGACAUCGUUUAGUCUUUUUUUUUUCCAAAUCUCUUAUCACUGUUUGUGCCUCUGCACUCUUCCGCUUGAGUAAAAAAGAAAAGACUUGAUUUGAUUGAAACAAAACUGAAACAGAGAUGGGAUUGGGGAGAAACGACUCGCCCGGGUUAGACGACCCAGGGCCAAGUGGGGAAUCCUAUCCCUCCACUGCGACGGAGCCACGACGGUUCCUUCUGGCGGCUCAACCAGAGAUAAUGAGAGCAGCAGAGAAAGACGACCAAUACGCUUCCUUCGUCUACGACGCCUGCCGCGACGGCUUUCGCCACGUUUUUGGCACUAGAGUUGCAGUAGCUUAUCAGAAUGAGACAAAACUUCUGGGUCAGAUGCUUUACUAUGUUUUAACAACUUGUUCUGGGCGGCAAACGUUAGGAGAAGAAUACUGUGACAUCACUCAGGUUGCAGGACCUCAUGGCCUUUCCCCAACGCCAGCUAGAAGUGCUCUCUUCAUUGUGUAUCAGACCGUGGUUCCCUAUAUUGCCGAAAGAAUUAGUUCCAGGAUUGCAUCCCGUGGUAUCCUUUCCGAGUUACAGUCUGAUGAGUUCUACGGCAACAAUGCUUCUGAGAGGAGUCAAGUAGAGUCAUCUGCGGCAAUUGAAAUUUCAUUACCCUCAGAAUCAAGAGAAUUGGUUUUGGCAUUGUCGAGGUUGAAAGAGAAAUUGAGUGGAAUGUGGCUGCACGCGGUUCAGAGAUGGCCAGCAAUGCUGCCUUUAGCUCAUGAAUUCUUGCAAUUGGUUCUACGUGCUAACCUCAUGUUCUUCUACUUUGAAGGUCUCUAUUAUCAUAUAUCAAAACGUGCAGCUGGCAUUCGCUAUGUGUUCAUUGGGAAGCCAUCAAAUCAGAGGCCCAGGUAUCAAAUCUUGGGUGUGUUCCUUUUAAUUCAGCUAUGCAUCAUUGCUGCUGAAGGUCUGCGACACAGCAACUUAUCUUCAAUUGCAAGUUCAAUUCAUCAGACCUCAUUAGGGUCCCAUCAAAAUCCUACAGGACGAGAUUUGCCUGUUUUAAAUGAAGAAGGCAACUUGAUAUCCAUGAAGGCUGACCAGGGUAGUUGGGUUGGCGAAUCAACUUCAGAGUCAACAGGUGGUGUGAGCAAAUGCACAUUGUGCCUGAGCAAUCGCCAAUACCCAACAGCUACACUAUGCGGUCAUGUAUUCUGCUGGAACUGCAUCAUGGGAUGGUGCAAUGAGAAGCCUGAAUGCCCACUUUGUCGUACACCCCUAGCUCAUUCAAGUCUAGUUUGUUUAUAUCAUUCAGACUUCUAGUUUGUGAUUACAAGUACUGCUGAACACCCUGGAAGAGAUAACAAAUUCAAGGCAACCCAGUUAUCCUUCUAUUUUGCUCGUGCAAAAAUUUUUUGGAGUAUUCAAAAGAAUAAGGUUUAGUUUAAAUCUUAUAAAGUUGUAAUUCUUGUAUGACUUCAUCCACUUGUGGGCAGAUGGAAUCAUGGAACUUCUAAGGACUACAUUUCAUACAUGCAUCUAG